CAGGGUGAGCAACUGGCCGCUCUACUACCUGUUCUGCUUCGGCACCGAGCUGGGCAACGAGCUCUUCUACAUCUUCUUCUUCCCUUUCUGGAUCUGGAACCUCGACCCUUUUGUGGGCCGGAGGCUGGUGAUCAUCUGGGUGCUGGUCAUGUACCUGGGCCAGUGCACCAAGGACAUCAUCCGCUGGCCGCGGCCGGCCUCGCCGCCCGUCGCCAAGCUGGAGAUCUUCUACAACUCAGAGUACAGCAUGCCCUCCACGCAUGCCAUGUCCGGCACCGCCAUCCCCAUCGCCAUGGUCCUGCUCACCUAUGGCCGCUGGCAGUACCCUCUUAUAUAUGGGCUGAUUCUCAUUCCCUGCUGGAGUUCUCUUGUUUGCCUAAGUAGAGUCUACAUGGGAAUGCACUCCAUCCUGGAUGUUAUUGCUGGGUUCCUAUAUACUAUUUUAAUCUUACUUAUCUUCUACCCACUUGUGGACCUGAUUGACAACUUCAACCAAACUUACAAAUAUGCUCCGUUCAUCAUCAUCGGUCUCCACUUAGCUUUGGGCAUCUUUUCUUUCACUCUUGACACCUGGAGCACAUCCCGAGGAGACACGGCUGAGAUUCUGGGAAGUGGUGCUGGAAUUGCCUGUGGUUCUCAUGCUACUUACAACCUAGGUCUAUUAUUAGACCCUUCUCCACACACAUUACCCUUAGCCAGCCCCCCCCUCACUGUAACUCUGUUUGGAAAAGCCAUAUUACGGGUCGCCAUAGGAAUGCUAUUUGUACUGAUCGUGAGAGAUAUAAUGAAGAAGAUCACCAUUCCUUUAGCCUGUAAACUCUUCAGUAUUCCGUGUGAUGACAUGCGGCAAGCCAGGCAGCACAUGGAAGUGGAGCUGCCGUAUCGCUACAUUACCUACGGGAUGGUUGGUUUCUCCAUCACAUUUUUGGUUCCCUACGUAUUUUCCUUUAUUGGUAUCUCUUGAUGGAGAAAUAGUGUUUAUUAUAAGAAAGGAGGCUACCAGUUGUAUCCAAAACCAUUCUCCAGGUAAAACACUCGGAUCAGAGGCUUUUGCAAGAAUUUAGCUUAAAUAAGUAAAUUCUGCAGUCCGUGCAUUUGAUCAUUGCACAUCCAGAUGUUUUAGGUGGGCUGAGCUCCUUCAGUACCGAGAAGUGGUGUGCCCAUUUAGAAUGUUCACAAAAUGUUUGGAGAGUUCCGUGUUGUUACAAAUUGUAGUCAUAUAUAAUAUAUAUUAAGGUAUACAGUGUGCAAAUGUGUAUCUAGUAUAUAUUAUAUAUCUAAAUCAUUUGCCUAAGAACUGUGGGGUGCAUUGGAAGAUCAAUAACAAUAUGCAGUUGUGCCGGCAUUUUUGGAACUAAUGCAGGCAUGUUGUUAUUAACAAAUGGGUUUAACGUUUAUUUCCUACGGGAGCCAUUUCCUAGUUGAAUUGAUAAAUGCCAGAAAGAUUCCAUAUGCUACCACAUACUGAUUUACUGCCUUUUUACACUGCCAUCCCCUUUCAUGUUAUCCACGAUGUUGAACAUGGGAGGCAUCUUUAAUGGACCAAGUUUUCGGGAAAGUUUGCUUUUUUGAACCUCUUUCUUUCUUUCUUUCUUUCUUUCUUUCUUUCUUUCUUUCUUCUUUAUAAGUUCUGUACACUGUGUUGAAUGUACUUUUUUCCCCUCAAUUAUUUUGGUCAUCAGUUUAAUAAUUCAGGUACUGAAUUUGAUUGUUGCUAACUGUGCCUUUCUUUUGCUGGGUUAAGAGACACCAUGUAUACUGUGAUGUAAAAGUAAGACUCUAAUUCUACCUUAAGCUAUAUAAUCAGGCAACUAUUUUAGAAAUAUACAUGUCAAUCUAACAGAGAUAGAAGCAGAUGACCCAUAACACUUUAAAAGUCUUUUUUAGGAAGAAAUGUGGAAUAGCUAAAUUUUCUCACUAAUUUAUUGGAAAGCUAAAUGGAUAAGUAUUUCCAUUUUUGUAGGUAUUUUUCUGCGUGUUGCAAGUGAUAGGAACAAUAUAUAUCUUAUGUACAUCAUCUUGAUUGUUUAUAAUACAGGCAAACAUUUCCAGUGAGUGGAAAUGCAACUGAAGUUUAUAGAUGAGACAGUGUACACCCUUUCUAUGUAAACAAGCCAUUUUUUUCUAAAUUAUUUGAAAAGGAUUGGAUUUCCCACUGUUAAUUUUCAACACCCACUCACUAGCAACCUAAGGUAGACUAUAAAAUCCAAGCGUGAUGUAUCAGUAGUUUAGGCUCUAUUAUUUUCCCAGCUUAUUAUUUUUACAGUGGGAGAUUUAAUGUAUGAGUACUAUUUUUUCUAUCUGCCUUUAUAUUUUGAAGUGUGACUGUAAUUAGGUUAACAUUACAUUUAUUUAUAGUGAGUUUUUCACAAAGAAGAGAACUAACUUUCCAUAUAAAUGAACAUCAGGUAUGGAGCUAACGACUUCGGUGCAAUAUCUCUGGUAACUCAGAAGGAAAUGUUUCUAUUUUGGACAACAGAAGUAUUUGAGCUCAUAUUUUUAUAAUCCUGAUUGAAAACUUAGGGGCCUGGUAAUUUUUACCCAAAUGGAAUCUGAUCAACUUUAGCCAGUAAAUUUGGGCCCUUUGGCUGCCAGGAAAAGAAAGCGGGUGCUUAGGAAGCCAUCGGUACGCUGGAAGCUGGGAAGCUUUCCCAAAAGGUGUGCUUAAUGAAUUGAAUAAAAGGAGGGUCCCAAGCUUUGGGUCUGUUACCCUAAUAAAUUUUUUUGUGUAGCUUAUAAAGAAUUUGAGAAUAUUCUAUUUCUUUGUGUUUUAUUAUUUUUUGUUUGAUGACAGUUCUAUGCUAAAUGUAUUUUAAAAUAAAAGCCAAAUUCAAGAUUGAAAGGA